AUGGAUCUGGCCUGGAGUAAGCGAAUAGAAAGCAUGAUCAUGAGAGGUAAUGAGAUUUACCUUCGCGAGAGGAGCAGGAUUUGGUAGCUCGUAAUGUUACACUAACGCUAAUGACCUACUGUUGCUUUGCUUUUCUUGUAUUGUAAUCAAGAUUUGUCAGAUCUCUUGGUCAUAGUGACAGAUACUUGCUCUUGGUAAAUACAGGUCCAUGUCCAAGCUUUAGAAUACUAAUCUGGUAGAGUUUUAGUAGUUUGUAUUGCAUAUUUGUUGGUGUCACAUCAGUGUGGAGCCUGCAAAUUCCUCGAAUAUAUGGAUUAUUUUAUACUUAUUACUACUUUUCUGGAGUUCAAUUUAAUUUGGUAUACUUACUACUACUUACUACUUAGGGUCGUUGUCCUUGAAUGUAUUCAACACUAAGGUUAGGUGAUGCUAACCUGCGAUUCAUCAUACUCCAGUAGUCUAGUGUAGUUAGGAGACGAGGCCGGGCCCCAAGACGGUCUUCUGUCAUGCAUCACUAGGAACCAUGUAUCCUGAAAAUUGUUGAUUUACUAUAAAUUUGAUGCACCUUUGUCAUUUUCAUGUUAAUUUUGAAGAAUAACUUGCCUUUCUUUUUUCAAGAUGUAGAUGACUGAAGUAACACCAAUGGCAUGUCCUAGCAUGUGUUUGCUUAUUAGCGCUGAUGCACAUGAUUACACAAAGUCACAAAACACAUUAGGAAGAGUAGACCAUAGGUGCAUGUAUUAUAUGUUCUAUGCUAAAUAGCAGCCUUAUACCUUGUAAGGAAACUUUUAAGUAACAGCCUGAGCCUAUGGAAAUUUGAAUGUGUAGUCGAAAGUUGGGACUUUUGAACUUUGAUGUCACCUCCUUCCUGGGACUUUCUUUAAACUCUAGCUCAAUCAGUAGCAUUUAUCAGAUUCUAACAACAUCAGGUCUCAGGACAUCAUGUCUUAGUGACUAAUACUGACCGAGCAAUUAAUGCAAAGGUACUGUUUUGUAUGUAUAAGCGCUGAUUUGUAUCAUUGCUGUUUCAUAUGCAUACGAUAGUCGUGUUCAAUUAAUGCAAAGGUGGAUAUUAUGUCAACAGAGAAAGUCGUGUUCAAUGUGCCCUCAAUGCUUUAGUAGUUUCCGCUGAUGAUUUUGCUUUCUUGCUAGUCAUGAUGCUUAACCUUUUAUUUGUUCUGACUGCACAAAAUAUAGGCUGGUAGCGGCGUCCGCCUGCGACGUGCUCGACGAGAAGCUUGAACUGCGAGUCCACACCAAGCCGGCCACGCCUACACCGCCGACCCGUUAGGAUGGAUGACCGUCAUUGGAUGUACACGGGCCGUCCAAGUCAGGCUACCAUGACCGAUGAAUGGAUUCGAAAGACCAAUGAUUUUUUGGAAGCCGCGUGGAGUCAGGCUGAAGGAUCGAGUUUCUUGUGGUGUCCGUGCAACAUAUGUGGAAAUAAGAAACGGAAAAUGAAGAAGGUUAUGGGCCAACAUCUUUGCAAGUAUGGAUUUACGCCGGACUAUACCCGGUGGAUCUUUCAUGGUGAAGGCCACCGUAUGAGGGACGAGGUCGUGAGGCAACGCAUCGAUGAUUGUGAUGCUGAUGGUGGGGUUGGAGACAUGUUACAUGACUAUCAUGAAGCACAUUUCGGUGAACGACUGCAGGAGGAGGAGCCAGAGGCAUCCGCAAAGGCGUAUUUCGAGAUGUUGGAGGCUGCACAGAAACCACUUCACGGUCAUACAAAGGUUUCUCAGCUGGAUGGCAUCGGACGACUAAUGGCCUUGAAGUCUCAGUUUAGCCUGAGCCGAGACGCCUUCGACAGUCUGUUGACCGUGUUUGGAAGCAUGCUUCCAGAAAAUCACAUUAUGCCAAAGUCAAUGUAUCAGGCACAGAAAAUUCUCGGUGCACUUAAGAUGCCAUAUGAGCAGAUACAUUCUUGUCCAAAUGGGUGUAUCUUAUUUAGGAAGGAGCAUGAGAAAGCUGCUUACUGUCCGAAAUGUAAAGCCUCUAGGUUCCUCGAAGUGGACUCUGGUGAUGGUCAGCCUAAGAAGCAGCUCACGAUUCCCGUGAAAAUCCUACGCUACCUUCCUUUCAUUCCGAGGAUCCAACGACUAUUCAUGACCGAGGAAUCCGCGCAACAGAUGACCUGGCACAAGAAAGGUGUUCGAUACAACCCUGACAAGAUGGUGCAUCCAUCCGAUGGUGAGUCAUGGAAGAAUUUUGAUAGGAUUCAUCGUGACAAGGCUAAUGAAGCUCGUAAUGUACGUAUUGCGCUUGCAACAGAUGGGUUCAAUCCUUAUGGGAUGGUGGCCGCCUCGUACUCAUGCUGGCCUGUGUUUGUUAUCCCUCUGAAUCUCCCUCCAGGGGUCCUAUUUCAACGACAGUCCAUAUUCGUGUCGUUGAUUAUUCCAGAGCACCCGGGGAAUAAAAUGAGUGUUUACAUGGAGCCUCUGAUUGAUGAUUUGGUCAAGGCAUGGGACGAAGGGGUGUGGACCUAUGAUCGAGCAACAAAGACAAAUUUUAGAAUGUAUGUUUGGUACCAAUUCUCCCUGCAUGACUUACCCGCGUAUGGCAUAUUCUGCGGCUGGUGUACUCACGGGAAGUUCCCAUGUCCAACAUGCAAGGCAGCUCUGCAGUUCAUCUGGUUGAGGAAGGGGGGUAAGUAUUCGUCGUUUGACAAACAUCGACAAUUCCUCCCCGCUGACCAUCCUUUUAGACAAGACGUUAAGAACUUCACGAAAGGUGUAAAAAUUACAGAAUUUGCACCGCCGAUCAUGACGGGUGCUGCGAUUCAUGCUCAGAUAGACGCUCUCCGAGUCAACGAUGGCGGUGGUUUUGUUGGGUACGGUGAGGAACAUGCUUGGACUCAGAAGUCUGGGCUGUGGAGGCUCCCUUAUAUUGAUGAUAUUCUGCUUCCACACAACAUUGAUGUGAUGCAUACUGAAAAGAAUUGGUGGGAGGCACUUUUUGGAACAGUCAUGGAUAUUUCUGAUAAGACAAAGGACAACCAUCCAACCCCUUGA